CUCUAGCGUCUGUUAAUCAAUUUGGAUUUCGAUUAUCGUACUUGCAAUGAAGGGGUGUUAGAAUAGACAACAGGGUAUCGAGCUUUUAUCGCAGCAGGAGGCGCAGUCCAAUCCAGUCGAUUUUUUGCUAAAUACCGAUAUGAGAGAGUAUGGAGAGCAAAUUAUACCUUCUGCGUUGAAUGCUGCGACGGAGGUUAAGACAGGAAAGUAUAUUUUUCAGGUUUCGCUUUCAAUUCGACUGUUGUGACUAGAUCCUAGCCAUUUCGAAUAUUACUGCACCAAGUAUCAAUCAAACGAGUAAUAUGUGCCCCCGUAUGCUCCGCUUGAAGUUAACAGACGGAGUGUCAUCGUUCUAUGCUAUCGAAUAUGAACCGAUCAACAGUCUGCGGUUGGACACACCCCCUGGUACUAAGAUCCUUCUCACAGAUCCCGAAUUCUACAACGGCCGCUGUUUGUUGCGCCAAGGCAAAAUCCAAGUGCUGGGCGGAGUGGUUUCCGAGAUGGUGGCUCUUUGGAAGGCCCAAGAGUCCCUCAGCUAUCGCAACCGAUUUCGCUCCAAGGUCUGCAAAGCCAGCGGCAAGCCUCCCAAAUUCAUCUCUUUCGAAGACUUCGUAAAGCAAAAGCAUCGCAAAGCGCAGCCUGAAUCAACUUCGAUUUCUGCCUCUACAACGAAAGGCAGCGCCGGCCAGAUCCCGGCAGUGAAGAAAGUGGAAGACCUGGACCUCACUGCGAUCGAAGACCGUCGCAAGAAAGACCUGGGCGAUCGGAGCCAGGCCUCCGUGAAGGAGCUCGGCGUGUGGGGCUCCUCCAAGCAGCUCGACAAGCCCGUUUCCGAUCCCUCCAGACGCGAACGCCCCGUCGUGGAGCGUCGCGAGCAUCGAGAACGGCGCGAAACCCCCGCCACGCAAACGUUGGGGGACGCCGGUCUCUCUUUGUCGAGCAAGAGCGUUCCAUCGGCGGCCAAACCGUCCGUGAAAAUCGAUUCGGUGUGCUCCGCGAAAGUGAUCGACCUCUCGCUCUCCUCCGACCUGGAUUUCUAUCUCCAGAUGGACAAAACGCCGCUCGUGGUUCCCGCGGGGAACCGGCUGCGCAGUUUCCUGCUGGGCGAAGAAGAAGCCGCGCUUUUUGACGGGGUUCGCGCGUCGAUGAAGGGCGUUUCGUACCGAUUUGGGCUGGUCCGCGAGGGCGGACGGGACGUGGUGGUAGGAGCGAGCGUGGGAGUGUGA